CCCCCCCAGAACAGCGCCCGGUACCUGCAGCAGGAGCUUCCGGUCAGGAUCGCCCACAGGAUCCAGGGAUUCCGGAACCUUCCCUUCAUCAUCGGCUGCAACCCCACCAUCCUACACGUGCACGAGCUGUACAUCCGGGCCUUCCAGAAACUCAGUGACUUCCCCCCGAUCCAGGGGCAGUCGGACGAGUCCCGUUACUGUUCUCUGCUGCGGCAGCUGCUGGAGGAUCACAAGGACGUCGUGACCCUCCUGGCCGAGGGCUUCCGGGAGUGCCGGAGACACAUCCAGGACGAGCGUCUCCUCCGUCCCUUCCUGGACAAGACCCUGACGUCGCGUCUGGGGAUGCGUCUCUUGGCCACCCAUCACCUGGCCCUGCACGAGGACAAGGCGGAUUUCGUGGGCAUCAUCUGCACCCGGAUGAGCCCCAAGAAGCUCGUGGAGAAGUGGGUGGAUUUCGCCAGACGCCUGUGUGAGCACCAGUACGGGAACGCGCCGCGGGUCCGGAUCAACGGCCACGUGGCCGCUCGGUUCCCCUUCAUCCCCCUGCCCCUCGACUACGUCCUGCCUGAGCUGCUCAAGAACGCCAUGAGGGCGACGAUGGAGUCCCACCUGGACACUCCCUACAACGUCCCCGACAUCGUCGUCACCAUCGCCAACAACGACAUCGACCUCGUCAUCCGGAUCUCGGACCGAGGGGGGGGGAUCCCCCACGAGCUGCUGGACAAGGUGACCGAGUACCACUUCAGCACCGCCGAGGCCUCGGCACAGGACCCCCGGCUGGGGGGGCCCUUCCGCACCCUCAUGGACGGCAACGGCCAGGCCGGGCCCAUGCACGGGUUUGGGUUCGGGCUGCCGACGUCUCGGGCCUACGCCGAGUACCUGGGGGGGUCCCUGGUGCUGCAGUCGCUGCAGGGGGUGGGCACCGACGUUUACCUGCGGCUGCGCCACAUCGACGGCAAAGCCGAGAGCUUCCGCAUCUGACCCGGGGCCCCUGAACCCCCCAGGGCCGGGGGGGGGACGGGACAGACCCCCCC